AUGGCCGACGACCAACCAUGGAAGAUACCACCGAUCAUUCAGGAGCUGGCCGCCGGCGUGCAGGAGCCACCGAGCCGAUACGUCGUCGGCGAGCAAGAUCGUCCCGCCGUAGCCGCUGCCGCCAUGCCCGAGCCCUUCCCAUCGUUGACCUCAGGCUCAGCCGGCUGUCCGCAAACGACGGCGCCGACGACGAGGCCGCCAAGCUCCUUUCCGCCCUGCAGAAUUGGGGCCUCUUCCUGUCCGACCAACCUCAGACUCUGUGUCUCUGUCCAGGCAGUCGGGCAUGGGAUGGAUCCAGAAUUUCUCGCCAAGAUGAUGGGAGUGACAAGGGGAUUCUUCAAUCUCCCGCUCGACGAGAACCAGAAGUACUCCAACCUGACGAACGGCAAGGAGUUCAGGUUCGAAGGGUACGGCAACGACAUGGUGCUGUCGGAGGACCAGGUCCUGGACUGGUGCGACAGGCUCUACCUGACGGUGGAGCCGGAGUCCCGGAUCAUCCGGAGCCUCUGGCCGGCGCAGCCUCCUGCCUUCUGCGACGUCCUGCGCGAGUACACCGCCAGGUGCUGGGAGAUCGCCAGGCUGCUGGGCCUGCACGAGGGCCGCUUCGUCGUCAUGAUGGACGAGGGCGUCGCCAUGACGCACGCCAGGUUCAACUACUACCCGCGAUGCCCCGAGCCGGACCUCGUCUUCGGCCUGAAACCCCACUCCGACGCCUCGGUGAUCACCGUCGUCCUCAUCGACGACGCCGUCAGCGGGCUCCAGGUGCAGAAACCCAACGACGGCAGCGGCGUCUGGUACGACGUGCCCAUCGUUCCCAAAGCUUUGCUGUUCGAGAGCACUGUCCAUCAAGUCAGACUGAUGCGCUCCUCGCUUGACACGUCGCUUCACCAGUUGACCGAGAUACCUCUCGCUUCCUUCAGACCAAGACUGACAAUACAGUCCGUUGCUGGUUUACCGACCAAAAGCUGGCAGGGAUAG